UUUUCACUUUUCAUCGAUUAGAAGCAGCUCCGAAAAGGAAAAGAAGCAACCAUCUCUCCCCACCCCACCCCGGCCCUGCUCCCCGCCGCAUCACGCAGCGUCCACGGCCGCUCGCCGCUCGCCGCUCGCCGCCGCCCCUCCCCCCCGACCUCAGCCGUUCGGCCCCUCCCGUGGGCGGGGGUGAGUGGCGAGCCUCCCUCGCCGCCUUGCGCUGCACAGGAACAAGGCGAGAGCGAUCGGCGUCGGGAUGCUGAGGCGGCGGCUGAGCUCCCUUCUCCUCCGAUCCCCGUGCUCCUCCUCCGCCGUCGCUUCCUCCUACCAGCAGCAGCAGCACCUCCUCCUCCCCACCCACGCCGAGAAACCGCCGGCCCUGAAUCUGCUCAGGCUCUUCACAUCCCUAGCUGGAACCGAUGGGGACAGGCCGUUCAUCGCUUUUGUCUUGGGUAGUUUUUCCCUGCUUUUACUCCCAAAAUGUAGCAGGAUUGUUGUUUUCGUUCUUCGAAACGGAGGGCAAAGCUUUGCAGGGGGGACCUGGGAGUGGGAAAGGAACGCAAUGUAGUAGGAUCGCUUCGGAUUUUGGAUUUGCUCAUGUGAGUGCUGGUGACCUUCUACGGAAUGAAAUAGCUUCUGGCACUGAUCAUGGGGAGUGGAUCCUAGAGAUAAUAAGGGAAGGGAGGAUUGUUCCAUCAGAGAUAACUGUUGAACUCGUCAGAAAAGCAAUUGAAUCAAGCUCUGCUAAAAGGGUUCUUAUUGAUGGUUUCCCAAGGUGUGAGGAAAACAGAAUUGCCUUUGAAAAAAUAACUGGAACUGAACCAGACCUUGUGCUUUUCUUUGACUGUCCUGAGGAUGAGAUGGUUAAACGUCUCCUAAGCCGUAACCAGGGACGAGUUGAUGAUAACAUUGAGACAAUCAAGAAGCGUCUAAAAGUAUUCGAGAGUUUGAAUCUUCCUGUUGUUGAGUACUACUCUUCAAGGGGAAAGGCACACAAGAUAAAUGCAACGGGAACUGAAGAUGAAAUCUUUGAAGCAGUUCGCAAGUUGUUUUCCUCCUUAAGGCUAUGAGGAGGCUGUCGUCUUCCGCGCGAGCGGGGGGAAUUGGAAUUACGCCUGGCGGAAAUUCUCUCUCCCUCUUUUCUUUUACCUUUACAUCUCUUAGCAUAAUAAUUGUACAUAUUCUGAUACACGGACCAUUCCUGUGAAAACAGAGGGCCCCUGGUGAAACGCCCAGCCUGCCUGCUAUGAUAAACCCUGACCCUUGCGCUCUCGUCACGCGCCACGGUAUACGAUACUUCAGACUGCAGCAAAACUGCUACAACGAUAUUUUUUUUCUGCCAACACCCUACAAAUAUAUGUCUGCCGUGUUUUUUUU